AAGUUUUCACAUUCCAGACUUCACAUUCCCAUCGUAUCCUUCAUACACCUCUCCUACGAAUUCCUCCCCAAUCGACUGCCAAGGUAGAGCUCUCCAGAUUAUCAGCUCUUUUUGCCAAACGGAUCUACUUCAUUCAGCUAGCAAUUCAGAUUCAACACUUCAAAGUUCAGCUCCAGACAAUAGUUUGCGUUUCAAGCCUCUAAUUCAGACAUUAGCCUCCAGUUCCAGCUCGUUGUGCUAAACAUAACCCAAUUUCGAGUUUCGACCAUGACCACUUCGAAGCGAAAUCACAAAGAGAAGACAAUUCGUCGCAACAAAGAGGAGAAAGCUGAAGAACCAGAACUACCCAAGUACAGAGACAGAGCCAAAGAGAGGAGAGAGGAUAUAAAUCCUGAUUAUGAGCUUAAUGAAUUGGGUGCGUUUCAUGCCGUUGCUCCCCCAGGCAAUGUGGAUAUUGGUUCUGCUGAUGCUCACAAGUUAUCUAUUGAGAAGAGCAAGUAUCUUGGAGGUGAUGUGGAGCACACACAUUUGGUUAAAGGGUUGGAUUAUGCUUUACUUCAUAAAGUGAGAAGUGAAAUAGAUAAGAAGCCUGAUGUUGGAGAUGACCCUGAUGGGAAAUCUAGGGCACCUAAGGAAGACCAAACAUUGGCUUUCCGCACUGCAACUGCGAAGUCAGUAUACAAGUGGAUAGUCAAGCCUCAGACUGAUGUAAAGACCAAUGAAAUGUUCCUUCCUGGGAGGAUGGCUUUUAUAUUUAACAUGGAAAGUGGGUUUUCACAUGACAUUCCGACAACACUUCACAGGAGUAAAGCUGACUGCCCUGUUCCUGAGGAAAUGGUUACAGUCAGUGUUGAUGGUUCCGUCUUAGAUAGGAUAGCUAAAAUUAUGACAUAUCUCCGCCUUGGAUCAUCUGGGAAAGUUCUCAAGAAGAAGAAGAAGGAAAAAGAUGGAAAAGGAAAAAUUUCUGGUUUUGUAAAUGGUUACGAAGAGAACAAUAAUAUAUCAAAAUCUGAUGCAAUGAAGAACCAUAUUGACAAAGCAACUGCGUUGCCCGCUCAUGAAUCUUCUAAAAAGAAUCAUCACAGUGAGUUUAGGGAGAAACAGGGUCCCUCUGUUGCUAGAGUUGAAGAAGAAGAUAUAUUUGUCGGAGAAGGAGUCGACUAUUCUAUCCCUGCUGUAGAUCCAAACCAGAGCCCUAUAUCAGAGGAUAUGGAAGAAUCCCCUAGAAAUAAAGAGAGAACCUCAUAUUUCGGUGAACCUGCUGCUGCCUAUGCCUCAAUUCCAUCAUCUGAACCACAUCAUGGUUGGCAAGCGAAUGGGUAUGAAGCUGUUCAAGCACAGGCCUUUGGUGGGGUGUAUCCACCUGAGUGGCAGGAUUAUCAAUAUGCUGAGCAAGUGGGGUAUCCAGACCAAUACCUCCAGCAGACCUAUGAUGCACAAACCGGUUCAAUCAUUCUUCAGGACCCGCAAUUGAUGACCCAAGAAGAAAAGGAUAGAGGUUUAGGGUCGGUGUUUAAGAGAGACGAUCAGAGGCUUCAACAGCUAAGAGAGAGAGAUGCCCGGGAGAAGGAUCCCAACUUUGUGUCUGAGAGCUAUUCUGAGUGUUAUCCUGGCUACCAAGAGUACAACCGUGAGGUUGUUGACAGUGACGAUGAAGCUGAUUUGACAAAGAUGGAUAUGGGUGGACGUGCAAAAGGACGACUUCAUAGGUGGGACUUUGAGACGGAAGAAGAGUGGGCAUCAUACAAUGAACAGAAGGAGGCAAUGCCUAAAGCUGCAUUCCAGUUUGGUGUUAAAAUGCAAGACGGGAGGAAGACCAGAAAGCAAAACAAAGACCACAAACUCAACAAUGAGCUCCAUAAAAUCAGUAAAUUACUUGCCCGAAAGAAGAUGGAGGAGAAAGGUGGUGGUGGUGGAGGGGACUUCAACGAGGACGACUCUCAUCCAGGAAAGAAACUAAGAGUUUGAUGUUUAUUUCAAUUUAUUAUUAUUAGCGUGUAUUAGAAUGUUGUGCCUUCUUUAUGAACCUAAGAUUUCAUUUGCAAGUUAUUUUCCCAAUCAUUUCCUUUUUGGUACACCACGGGCUUAUAUUGUGAUAAUGGUAUUAAUGUAUUAUUAUUAUAAUUACUAUUAUUAUCAAGUCCACAGUUACAACUCCUACCUUUUAUGCCGAACAAACAUUUCAGCCCAUUUUUGCCCUGUACUUCCAUUGAAUUAAAGGAUACUGAAUUACUGAUGUUUGGAAAAGGAAAUCCCAAUUUAGCAC